CUGCUCCUUCCACUUCCCUAAAACCCUAGAACCCCAUCUGAGGUUCACGUUCUUCUGCUUGAUUUGGAAUUGAAAUAUUCAGACCCUACAGCUUCGCAGCAGUUUUUCUAUGGAUCCGCUUGCAGGAAUCGAAGCCGAACUCUUUUCGUUUUUCGAAGAUCAGGAUCCACAGCAAACUUCAUCGGAUGGUUGCAAACCGGUUCCAUGGUUGAGCUGGGACGAGUGGGACUCUGUCAGGGAGUCGCUGUUCUCGGCUUCUUCUGAUAGAGUUGCUUCUGCUUUAGAAAGGGUUAUGACAUGGCGAAGUAGAGGGUCUCUUCCAGCGCCUGUUGAUGUUACUGCAUCUAUCAUUGAAAUUCGUCAGAAAGACGGCUUUGUCACGAGGGAAAAACAACCAGCAGAUGCUUUAUAUUCAGAAAAUUUAUUGCAAAUGUUAUACUGCAUGGGAAUAUUGAGGCUUGUGAACUGUGUUAUAGAGAAGACGAGGAGGAGGACAGAAGUUUCAAUUGCGGAGGCUGCUAAGGCAAUCAAUAUCCCACGUAAAUUAAUUGACCUUCGUCAUGAGGGUUCUCACCGUGAGCUUCCUGCGCUUUCAGUUCUACGAGAUGCUUCAGAUGAGGCACUUGAAUGGUUGAAAUCUUAUUAUUGGGAGCCACAGAAGAACCAAAUUCCCUUCAAGAAAGAUGACGCUGCAAACAUCAGAAGAGAAAUCAAAUCUAAACUGCGCAAACUCUCUUUGUGUUUGCAACUCAGGCAAAACCCUCAAGUUGACUCUGCUUUGGUCAAAGAAAAAUGUUCUAAGAAAAAGAUAAGGAAGAUCCUGACUGGCCUUGUUGAGUUAUACUCUUCUUUCCCCUCGGAAAUUGUAUCGGUGUUGCUUGAAUUCUUGCUCAAGGCCUUGAAUUCUUCAAAGUCAGCCGAAAUUCUAAACCAGAACGAGCCGGACCAAGAUUUCAGUUGUUUUCUGGAUGAAUGGAAGCCUGUAAUUAUGGAAUUCUCGAAUAGAGAACCAGAGUUACUUUUAAAUCUACUCAAGUCAACCCUCGAUAUGAUCCAAAAUGGUGAAAAGAAAAGUUAUGAAACCGAAUGGGGUCUUGAAUCAAAGUCGACGGAAGAUGUAUCCAAAGUUGAAAAGCUUCCAGUCUUACUUGCAUGGCUUGUGGGUCAUCUCAGGGGGUUGAGGCACUUUCAGAAAAACAGUACUUCUGAAGGGAAAACACCGAACAUGUUCCUAACGGAACUCGUGCGUAAAUGUCUGCUCUUGUCAGCGUGUGGGCAUGACCAGCUUGCAAACUCUGCCUUACAACUAGCAGAGCUCGUGGGAGGUCGUGUCUGGAAGGAGAAGCUCAUAAAACUUGCUUAUGUUCAUAAACCCAGGAUGGAUGUUCCUCUGGAGCGGUGUUCUUCUCUUGUGACAACUCAUGAGACCCUCUUCCAACAAGAAAGGUCGAUCCAUAGUGCAGCCAAGAAACUCGAGUUUGUCAAGAUUCAAUUGUCGAAGAAGAAAUCUGAAUGCACAGAAGAAACAGAUGCCAGAGUUCCAAAGACAUGGGUGAAGCCCAAGACUUGGAAUCCUUGUCCUAUCGGUAUGUUACCUCGUGUCAUUGGAUCCUCUGGCCGUUUACCUCUUCUCAACUGCAGAGAAGCAACCGAGAAAACUCAGACCAAAUCAAUGGUGGCGGGACAAAGUGACAGCACCAAACGAGAAGCCGAGAUUCAGCUAUUGGAUGAUUCAACAACUAAGCGAGCGAGGAAGACAAUGGAAGAUCCUGAAUCAAAUAGAGAAGGCGAAAUGGACGCUAGAAGUGAAUCGAAAGAGAAGGCAAUGUUUAAUGAUGAGGAUAAUCUAUUGAUAGAAGAAAGCGGAAGCUGUCUUAUGAUCGGUGGUGAAUGGAAGGUGGUGAACACGAAAGAGCUGUUGGAAAUUGCAUCUGCUGUAAGAAUUUUGGUAUAAAUUGUAUGAUUUUUAUUUUCUUUUGCUUUGUGCCCCAAUGAUGAUUAUAUUGUUUCCAAGAACUUUUUUUGCAUGA